AUGAAGUUCUACAACACGAUUAUUUUGGCCCUUCUAGCCAGUGUUUCAUCGAAAUAUAUUUCGAGACAGGCUCCCAGCUUGGAAAACGAUCCUCAGCGGCAGGCGAUAGAUAGUUGUACAGAUUCAUGCACCACUUAUGAUCAAACGAUAAAUGAUAAGUGCACACCGAAAUUACAAGGCGAGCAACCGGAAAAUCUAAAUUUCAACGACCCAAAAUACGAGGAGUAUCAGAAGUGCGGCUGUAAAGCACUCAGUGAGUCUUCCAAUGAGUGUAAGCAAUGUGUAGGAAAUGCUUUGCACAAUGAUAUAAAUCCUAUCUAUGAGGAAAUGUGCGGAAAUGAUUGGACCAGUGUCAAUUACAACAGCACGGACACCACUCCAAUACCAACUAGAAGUAGUAGCAGUUCGAUAAUACCUACUAGCGCUGAUCACGAUGAUGAUCAUGACGACGAUUCAGGGUCGUCUAGUCGCAUACCUCCAUCUGCAUUUGCCUUUCUCACAGCAUCCGCGAUAGCACUAAUUUUGUAA